GCUAAUGGAGAAAUUAGGAAUAGGCAAGUAUAGUGUGGUUGGAACAAGCUACGGCGGUUUUGUGGCAUACCAUUUGGCAAAAUUGUGUCCGGAAAAAGUGGAGAAAGUAGUGAUUGCAAGCUCUGGUAUUAACAUGAGAAAGUGUGACAGUGAAAGUUUAUUGCAACGAUCCAACUGUGAGGUCAUCGAGAAAGUUAUGUUACCAUCAACUGCAACUGAGCUUCGUACACUUAUGGCUUUGGCAUCUUCGUCGCGGAUACUUAGUAUGUUUCCCAAUGCUUUCUGGAACGACGUUAUUAGUAAUUUAUAUACAAAGAAUAGAACAGAGAAGGUUGAAUUAUUGAAGGGGGUGACUUUUGGCCGGAACGAGAAUUUAAACAUCGAUCCUCUUUCUCAGGAGGUCCUAAUAGUAUGGGGAGACAAAGAUCAGAUAUUUCCUGUGAAGAUGGCUUACGAAUUAAAAGAGGUUCUUGGAGACAAAACGAAACUAGAAAUUAUCGACAACACCUCGCACGUUCCUCAGAUCGAAUGUGCACAAGAGUUUAACAAUAUCGUUUUGAGAUUUUUGAAGGGUUCUUAAGAGCUGUAAUUUUGUAUACAUGCUACCAUGCAGAUUCUUCCGCUUGUUUAGUGUUAAGCUACUAUUCGUUACGUAAUCUUGCUACUUUUCUUGCCAUGCUUUCUCAUUUUUCAUGUAAUUUUCCCUUUUACUUGCCAUAUUGUUUUUUCAAUUAUAUACUUCCUUGUAGUUUAUAUAUUCUUCUUUGAUA